ACCCGUUAGGUCAGUACCCGCGAAGUGGAGUUCUACGAAACAUUUGAACCCGCAAAAUCAAAAAACACAGCCCGCCCUUCGCUAACAAAUUGAGUCCCAAAAAUCACAAUUCCUUCUCAAAUUUCCAAAAUAACUCUUUUCCUCAAUUUUCCUUCAUCAAACUUUUUUCGCACCGAAUCUAUUCUCCCUUCUUUUGCUGUCCGAUCAAUACUUCCAUUUCCAUUGUUUUUACGGUUUCCAUUUUCUGCUUCGCUAGGGUUUUUUCCUUUAAAAUUCAACUCCAGUUCUGCUAAAAUCAUCAAUGGCUACGGAAGAUGUAGACAAGCAACCGGAAAACGAGCUGGAAAGUGGAGGAGUGAAGGAACUUGAAGAGGAUGUUUUAGGUAAAGAGCAACAGGAACAAGUAGACGACGAGAAGCCGGAAAACGAGCUGGAAAGUGGAGGAGGGAAAGAACUUGAAGAGAAAGUUAAAGGCAAAGAACAGGAGGAUGAAGUAGACGACGAGAAGCCGGAAAACGAGUUGGAAAGUGGAGGAGGAAAAGAACUUGAAGAAGAAAUUAAAGGUGAAGAACAAAAGCAACAAGUAGACUGCAAGAAAGAUGUUGAGGUGAAAGAUGAUGCGAAGGAAGAGAAAAAGGGUAAAGAUGAUGUGAAGAAAGAGAAUAAGGAUAAAGAUGAUGUGAAGGAAAAGAUUGAGGAUAAAGAAGACGAAGAGGAAGAGAAGAAGGUUAAUAAUGGUAAGAGAGAUCGCAAAAAAGCUGAUGAAGAACUGGAAGUUCAAGAACAAGAAGAUCGUGAGGAAAAAAAGUUCUCGAAGAAGAUGAAGCCAACUCCUCCGUCUGGUCCCAAAGAAGCUACUACGCCCAUAGUUGAUAGGCCAACAAGAGAGCGAAAAUCUGUUGAUAGGUAUUUAAGUGCUCCUCUUAGUCGUUCUCCUGUUACACCAUUGUCUAUUGCUAAGGGCAGUGGAAGGCAUCUCAAGGAUAUUCCUAAUGUGGCUUAUAAGCUCUCAAAGAGGAAACCUGAUGACAAUCUGCAAAUGCUGCACACGAUUCUUUUUGGAAAGAAAGCAAAGGCACAUAAUCUGAAGAAAGAUAUUGGUCAAUUUUCAGGUUUUGUGUGGGUUGACAAUGAGGAAAAGCAACGAGCUAAAACAAAGGAGAAGCUUGACAAAUGCGUCAAAGAAAAAUUGUUGGAUUUUUGUGACCUGCUCAAUAUUCCUAUAAAUAAAUCUUCUACUAAAAAGGAAUAUCUAUCUGUGAAGCUGUUGGAAUUUUUGGAGUCACCACAAGCUACAACUGAUGUUUUGCUUGCUGAUAAAGAGCAGGACACAAAAAAGAAGAAAAAAAAGGCAACACCUGAGAGUUCAAAAGCUUCUUUUGCUAAAAACUCUGCUAAGCAGAAUACUCUAACUGGGAAAAAAUGGAAAAGGAGGGAAAAAGAGGAUGAAUAUGUUGAUGCUGAUGACAUAGAUGAUAAUGAGGAUAGUGGUCAGGAUAUUGAUUCAGACCAAGAGGAAGAGGGCGCUAUAGAAAUGAUGAUUAACGAAGGUAGUUUGACCAAGGGUAACUCUGAAGCUGAAGAUGGGAAUAAGUCUACAAAGACUAAAAGGAGUAGGUCUGAGAAAACGACCAAAAGACCUGCAAAAUCUGCCAAGAAAACCACAAGUGCACCAGAUAAAUCCUUGGCUGCUGCUGGAGCCUCUGCCUCAUGCUUCAAAGCAAAGGGAUCUUCAAGUAAGAAGAAACAGGUUGAGGAGGAAACCAAUAAAGAGAAGCCUAUUCCAGUUGAGGAUAAGUCCUCCGGCAAGAAACAAAGAAGUAAUUCCGCAGCUAAAUCUGCUAUCAAAGAUCAAGGUAAAGGAAAAUCAAAGGAAGAAGCAAAAUCAGAGCCAACAAAUGAUGAAAUACGUGCUCAGACAGAAAUUCUUCUGAAAGAAGUGGACUUUGAUACUGCAACCCUAUCAGAUAUACUUCAACGUCUUGGUACUCACUUUGGCAUGGACUUGAUGCAUAGGAAGGUAGAGUUUAAAGCCCUUAUUAUUGAAUUAAUUGAAAAUAUGGCCAAUGAGGAAGUUGACAAUGAUAAUGGUGAGGAUGCAGAGGACUCUGGAAAGGAUUAAAUAAGGAUGUUCUUGGCUUCGGCUUAUUUUACAAUUGGGUUUGAUUAAAGCGUUUUAAUUGUGAAGUUCUAUUCUUAAUACCAUAAGAGGUUGUAGACUUGUAAAUUAAAGAGUCUGCGCCAUAAAUAUUUCUGAUCUUUGUGUAUUAUAGUCAUAAAUAACUCUUUUUUACUCAAUAUUAGGAUUAGGGUGUCUCUUAACAUCCUAUUUUUGUAUUUGACAAGCACAGUUUUGUAGGAUGACUAAGUAGCUCAGUUUGAAUGGAGUUUUGCAGUUA